UUUUCUACUACAAUGCAGAAAUAUCCUGGAAGCCUGUUGGAUGGAUUUACGCAGACCGAGGUCAGCACACUAGCAGUGAAAAACAAUCUGCUGGUUGCUGGAGGAUUUCAGGGAGAACUAAUUUGCAAGUAUUUAGACCGGCCUGGUAUUUGUUACUGCACGAGGACAACCCACGGUGAUAAUGCCAUCACUAAUGCUGUUGAGAUAUAUACAUCUAGAAGCGGUGGAAUUCAUUUUAUAGCUUCAAAUAAUGACUGCGGAGUUAGAGAUUUUGAUGUGGAAACAUUCAAGUCCAAACAUAUUUAUUUUCCUUGGCCAGUCAAUCAUACAUCUCUUUGUCCAAAUACGAAGCUUCUCGUAAUUGUUGGAGAUGAUCCGGACGGUAUGUUGGUGGACUCAAGUAGUGGGAAGAUAAUUGCUCAUUUGCGCGGGCAUAAGGACUAUUCAUUUGCAUCAGCAUGGCAUCCUGAUGGUAUAACAUUUGCUACUGGGAACCAGGAUAAAACUUUUUUCUUUUCAUUCCCAUGUUCGAAGGAUUUAAUCCUUGUAAAACUUAACAUGUUUUUCCAGACUUCUGCUCAGUCUCCCCCACUGGUUCGAUUCACAGUUUAUUUCAAUUGUUGUUUGAAAUUGAUAAGAGUGAGUGAGGGGAAGCAGAAAGAAAGCUGUAACAACCCUUUGCCUAUAAUGAGAGCCACUGGUAUCGAGCCAUCUUUUUUUGGACUUGGGCCAGACUCGAACAGCAACAACACCAGCAUCAUCGUUGCUGUGCAUGACGGUUUCCCUGUGAGAACCGCCAUCUUUCGACGAUUGGUCGGUUGUGGGAGGGAGGAGGAAGAGGAGAGAGUGAAGGGAAAAGUGAGAAGAAGAGAGAAGGAAAAUGAUUAG